UUCACAUACCAAGCACCUGCAAAAUGGCUGACGAUUUAGAAGAUGGAUUUUAUAUUCAGGAAAAUAUUGUUGCGGAGUCAGGUGAAAGUGAUGAUCCGGAUGGUGAACAGAAUUCAAAAGAAAUAAAUGAAGAGAAACCUGUGAAAAUCAGUUCAAAACGACCACGAGAAACAGAGGUAAUCAAUGAAGAUGAUGCACCAAUUAAAAAGAAAAAGAAGAGAAAAAGAAAAAGAAUAACAGAAGAAUUGGCAAAGAAAAAACCUGUGAAUGCAAAGAAAGGAGAAUUAAUUGAGUUUAUUCACAACAAUUUUGAUGGCAAACUUUCCUCAAUAGAAUGGGAUGACCUGAAAUUAGAUACAGAAUCAGAUUUAUUCCCAGCAAAUGAAAAAGAGAAAAAAGCAAGUGAUUAUUUACAAGAAUUAUUCCCAAAGUGGACGAAAUUAUUACAAAUCACAUCAAAACCAGGUUCACCAUUAAUUAUUGUUUUAACUGCAUCAGCCAUUAGAGCCGUUGAUUUGAACAGAGAACUAAAUGAAUUUAAAACCAAAAAAUGUAAAACAGCCAAGUUAUUUGGAAAACAUUUAAAGGCAUCUGAACAACAGCAAUAUUUAUCAAAACAUGUUUGUCAUAUAGCAGUGGGAACUCCUCUUCGUGUUCUAAAUCUGGUUAAAUCAGGUUCCCUAAAAUUAAACAAAUUGGAAGGUAUUGUCUUAGAUUGGAAUAAACGUGAUGUUAAAUCUAAAAGAAUGAUAGAUAUUCCGGAGGUUAAACAAGCAUUAUUAGAUUUAUUUAAGGGAGGACUUGUAUCAGCUGUACAUAAAUCAAGGUGUAAAUUCGCUUUGUUAUAGCAGACGUCUGUAUUGAUUAGUUAACAUCUGUUGUUAUAUUUUUAAGUGGGGCAUAUAAAUAUGACAGUGAAAGCCAUUGACCUAGGGGUGUAAACAUUAAAUAAGUGGCCGUGAUGUAAACUGGUUUCCAAAUAGAGAAGUCCCAGUUUCUUUGAGUAAUUUGGAAAUGAACACUCAACAGUUUACAGGGUUUACCUAUAUGUCAUUAAUUAAGAAGUAUAAAAACGCUCAGCUCAAUUUUUCAUUGAUUGACCUGAUACAUGUGACUAUUGGUUACCUUUCUAUGGUUUAAAAAUUGGACAAUUGGGCGUUUGUAUUUCUUUAAAAACUUAUCACGGUGCAUUGUAUAACAGUGCUUCAAAUAGUUUCUACAGGCUAGUUAAGGUUACAAAGGUAUUCCACGAUCAAUUAACCAGUUUUAUUCACUCAAAUAAGCUUGCUACUGGAGACCUAUAUUCGUUCCGGUCACGAGAUCUUGAAGAUAAUCAUUGGCCUAUGGAUGUAUUAUCUCCAUUAGGCCUAUUAUUAUCUUUAAUGGGAACGAAAUUUUACAAUAAAAUAACACCAAAUUAUUUACUCCACGGUUCUAUGUUCAGCCUUGUUAAAUAGCGAAUUGUCUUAUCAUGAGCUGCCGUGAUAUUGAAAUUGAAUGAUAUUAUGGUUCGAAGUUGGACCGUUCAUCCCAUUGUUUGAUAUAACCAGACUGAUAUUCCAUUAUUAUAUUGAUACCUGCUGGAAUCCGGCUUUAUGUGCAUCUGAUUAAUGGCGAUGGUGGCGGCGAGCGUGUGGUGCACUCCUUGCGUUACUUUUAGUAUUCUGCAUUAAAAUGAUAAAACAUUAAAAGGAUACCAUACGCCUAACGCAAUUUUACUACCAAAAUGCACUUAUUAUAUACCCACAUUUUCAUGUCGACGUAUUCUGUCGUCUCCCUUGUCCGUCCGGGCUUCACACAUUUGUUUGUAGACACUCUACAGCAAUAAGUUAGUUAACGAUUGCGUUCACCUUCCUAAGCAAAUGUAGUGACCAGUUAACUCUUUCGAAAGGCUCAAUAAAAAGAUGAAACUUUU